AUGCGCGGCAGGCUCGCAAUGUGGUGCCGGCGCGCCACCAUCAUUUGUGGUUGCGCACUGUGGUGGUGAACGGGGUGUUGUGUCAAACUUAGCUGGGAGACAGUUGCGCGCUACCAGGCAACACCGGGGAACGACAUAGUUUGUGAGUUGUGUCACGCACAUGGAACGGGUCUUGCUUGCAUAGAACAGUGCACAGUUUGUAACAUCGAUGGUGUGUAAUGCGGAUGGCUGAUGGCCAUUGGAUGCGGGUCGAAUAGCGCGUGGAGGAUUGGGCAGCAUGACAGAUCACACCACUCGCACUUUUUUGAACCAGCACGCACAUUCUAGUUACACAUCUCUAGGCCCUGUUGGUGCCCAAAUCCCUCGCACGUCCUCUCAGACCAAUCCCAUCUCGAAGACAGCCUACAGGUGAUACCGUCACUAUCUGCAAACGACAACAACGUAAAAAUGACAUUCUGUGACACUCGCGCGCUCCACUGAGUUGCUACCGCCAAACUUCACCCCCAGUCCCGGGUCUGCAGCUCAAGUCCAUGCCUCCCAUCUCCACGUCUCCGUUUGUCACAGCGAUGGGGCAUUUCAUGCCGACAAAGGUCCGUGUCCGCCUCACUGGGGCCGUCGCCUCAGCCCGCCCCGGCGCGCCUGCAUCACAGAGCGCCGGGAGGGGCGCACGGUCCGUGUCUACGUCACUGGGGCCGGCGCCUCAGUCUGCCCCGGCGCGCCUGCAUCACAGAGCACCGGGAGGGGCGCACGGUCCGUGUCUACAUCACUGGGGCCGGCGCCUCAGUCUGCCCCGGCGCGUCUGCAUCACAGAGCACCGGGAGGGGCGCACGGUCCGUGUCUACAUCACUGGGGCCGGCGCCUCAGUCUGCCCCGGCGCGCCUCCAUCACAGAGCGCCGCGAGGGGCGCACGGUCCGUGUCUACAUCACUGGGGCCGGCGCCUCAGUCUGCCCCGGCGCGCCUGCAUCACAGAGCACCGGGAGGGGCGCACGGUCUGUGUCCGCCUCGCUUGGAUCGGCGCCUCAGUCUGCCCCGGCGCGCCUGCAUCACAGAGCACCGGGAGGGGCGCACGGUCCGUGUCUGCCUCGCUACGGUCGGCGUCUUAGCCCGCCCCGGCACGCCUGCAUCACAGAGCACCGGGAGGGGCGCACGGUCCGUGUCCGCCUCGCUUGGAUCGGCGCCUCAGUCUGCCCCGGCGCGCCUGCAUCAGAGCGCCGCGAGGGGCGCACGGUCCGUGUCCGCCUCGCUUGGAUCGGCGCCUCAGUCUGCCCCGGCGCGCCUGCAUCAGCGCGCCGCGAGAGGCGCACGGUCCGUGUCCGCCUCGCUUGGAUCGGCGCCUCAGUCUGCCCCGGCGCGCCGGCAUCAGAGCGCCGCGAGGGGCGCACGGUCUGUGUCCGCCUCGCUUGGAUCGGCGCCUCAGCCUGCCCCGGCGCGCCGGCAUCAGAGCGCCGCGAGGGGCGCACGGUCCGUGUCUACGUCGCUGGGGCCGGCGCCUCAGCUCGCCCGCAUCCCAGAACGCUGCGAGGAACGCAAGGUAACGCGAGUCGCGUGGGACGUGGCGGCCGUCGCCCAGGGAGCGGGGCACGCCAGCGUAUCGCGGCGGGCGGCCUGACCAGGGUGCAUCGCCGGGA